AUGGCUACUUCAAAGAAGGAUCCCAUUUGGAACGUGGAGCUCAAGACCAAUGCUACUGUGACCUUCACUUCAAAUCCAGUCAACCCACCAGACAACACCUGGAAGCUCCAGAACAAAGAAUGUAACAACCUCGGCUCAAGGGAGGGGAGCACCCCUGAAUUGGGAAGCAAUGGCUCUGACCCAAGCUCUUACCAGAAGGUCAAGGGGAUAACAUGGAUCCAAACUUUUAUUCACCUGCUGAAAGGGAAUAUUGGCACAGGUCUCUUGGGACUACCCCUGGCAGUGAAGAAUGCAGGGCUCUUGAUGGGUCCUCUCAGUCUGUUGGUCAUGGGCAUUGUGGCUGUGCACUGUAUGGGCAUCCUGGUGAAGUGUGCUCACCACUUGGGCCACAGGUUUCAGAAGCCCUUUUUGGACUACGGUGACGCAGUGAUGUAUGGGCUAAAGACCAGCCCCAACUCUUGGCUCCAGAGUCAUGCGCUGUGGGGAAGGCAUCUCAUAGGUUUUUUCCUGAUUCUCACUCAGUUGGGAUUCUGCUGUGUAUAUUUUGUUUUUCUGGCUGAUAAUGUAAAACAGGUGAUAGAAGCAGCCAAUACAACUACCACCAACUGCUAUAGCAAUGAAACUGUGACCUUGACACCUUCCAUGGACUCACGACUCUACAUGCUCAGCUUUCUGCCCUUCAUAGUUCUGCUGGUAUUUAUCCGUAACCUCAGAGUCCUGUCCAUCUUCUCCAUGUUGGCCAACAUAAGCAUGUUUGUCAGCCUGGUUGCGAUCUACCAAUACAUUGUUCAGGAUAUUCCAGAUCCCCAAAACCUACCUCUUGUAGCCGAUUGGAAGACUUACCCUUUAUUCUUUGGAACUUCCGUUUUUGCAUUUGAGAGCAUUGGUGUGGUUCUUCCGUUAGAAAAUAAAAUGAAGAAUAAUGACCAUUUCCCAGCUCUCUUAUAUGGGGGAAUGACCCUCAUUACCCUUCUCUACGUCAGCUUGGCGUGCCUGGGCUACUUGAAGUUUGGAUCAGCCGUACAAGCCAGUAUAACCCUCAACCUACCCAACUGCUGGUUAUUUCAGUCUGUGAAGCUGCUCUACUCUCUCGGAAUCUUCUUCACCUAUGCCCUGCAAUUCUACGUCCCGGCUGAGAUCAUCAUCCCUUUUGCUGUCUCCCGUGUGCCAAAAAAGUGGAAUUUGGUGGUAGACUUAUCCAUCCGCACUGGCCUGGCCUGUGUGACAUGUGCCUUGGCCAUUCUGGUCCCCAGGUUAGACCUGGUAAUAUCCCUGGUGGGCUCCAUGAGCAGCAGUACCCUGGCUCUGAUCAUCCCACCUCUCCUAGAGAUCGUCACCUAUUACUCAGAGGGCAUUAGUACUCUCACCAUCAUUAAGGACCUCCUGAUCAGUUUCCUGGGCUUCUCUGGGUUUGUGGUAGGCACCUAUCAAGCACUUUAUGAUCUCACCCAGCCACCUGUUUCUCCCAUUGUCGCCAACUCGACCAGCGCCUUCGUACAGUGAUCUACCUCCAAGUGGAACACCUUCCCUGCCUCUCAUCCCUCCACUCCCUGUGGAAGGUGAACUCCCUGUUUCCAGGACUAGGCCAACUGUGCUAUAGUACAAAGCAUGCUGGGUCUGGAAAUGGAAGACCUGGAUUCUGGGAUAUGGCU